AUGCCGGACCGAACGACCUUACACGAUGUAUUGGAGAUUUUGUGCGAGUAUCAUCUGCCAGAACUCGGCGCCCAUCGUAUAUACACUAUAGCAGCUUUGCGUCAAAGCUUACAGCCAAUCAUCUCGACCCAAGAACAGUUAUCGAGGGCUCAACUCGUUCCCAACGAGACGCAUCUUGGAUAUAGCCGUUUGAUCGGCGACAAGCAGGCAGAUCUCCGUCUUUUCAGAGAGUGGCUGCGCCUGUGUGAUUCUACCCAUCCUAUAUGCCAACGUUCCGGGGGUCGAGUCAAGGUUCAGCCGCAGCAGCUCUGGGUCGUCAACGUACGAGAAAAUCGAGUAAUGAAGGCUCCAUUGGACUGUAGAUACUUAGCUCUGAGCUAUGUUUGGGGCCCUGUGCAUCCCCUCAGGUUGACCAAGGAUACUAAAGAGAUUAUCCAGCGAGAAGGGGCGCUUCAACUGCCGCAUAUUCGUUCGAGGAUACCGCAAACCAUUCAAGAUGCCAUGGUCACGGCUUUAGCGGUCAACAUAGAGUUUUUGUGGGUAGAUACGCUAUGUAUACCCCAGGAUGAUCGUGAGACGAAGCAAGAGCUUAUGCAACAAAUGCAUCUCAUCUAUGACAACGCCGUAUUCACCAUUGUAGCCGCGGCCGGCGACGAUGCUAACAGGGGCUUGCCGGGAAUACGACCUGGCUCCCGUGAUACACAUCAAAGCGUUUGGCAAAUCGGAGGCCUGACUUUUUUGGACGUGGAAAUGGACCCCUUCGAUGGAGUGGGUAGUGGCUACCAGCCUUCACGUUGGGGAACUCGAGCAUGGACA